UUCUCUGAGUGCAGUCAGAGAGACCUCAGCACCUCCAAGCUCACAGACAGACCCUUCAAAGCGCAGGGCACACAAGGAACAGCACACUGAAGAGAAGGUGACCAGGCAGCAGUUUCUGGAAGAUUUGACUCCCUGUACAAGCCACUCCCCCUGGUUGUGUGCACUGACAAUGUAUCUUGGCCGGCUCCCUCUGCUCCUGGCCGCUUUGCUGGCAUCGGGGGCUCUGUCCCAUGUUUUGGCGAGCAAAGGUCAGCGACAAGGGUACAGCAAUGUCCCGGAGGAGGGGGGCCUGCUGGCUGUGCAAAUCCAGAGCCGGGGACGGGUGCUGCUGCGCUCGCUGCUGGACGGGGGGCUUCCCUCGGAGUGGGGUGCCAUGGAGCACCGCUACCCCCAGAGAAAACAGGCUGCCCCUUCCCACCCGGCCCGGAGGAGCCCCAACGGCACUCGAUUCUCCCUCUCCCUCGACGUUCCCACCAGCAUCCUCAGCAUCCUGCUGGACCUCGCCAGGGCCAAGGACAUAAGAGCCAAGGCCGCGGCCAACGCAGAGCUGAUGGCACGCAUCGGACGCAGGAAAUAACAAGGAGUGAGAUUAACAAGGACUGAAUGGGACCGCUGAAACCAGACCCCCUGUAUCUGUAUCUGUUAUUUAGUUGCCGUGUUUGUCACUCUCUACUCUGUUUCCCAAUGUGUAACUGUUAAUACAGAUUCGAUUCAUGUUAAAGCGGAGCUGACAACUCCACUUCAGAUAGUCCUGGAUAUACUCCGAGUUCUCCCUUCCCUUUAAUGACUAGGGUGUAACAAGGUAACGAUAUAUAUCACGAUAUGCAGGUCGCUAUACGAUAUGUAUCACGAUACAUGUGGCGGGUGUAUAAAAAGAAUAACUAUUUGCAACAGAAGACAAACAAUUAAAUGAGACAGGGGAGAGCAUGUAUUCAUACCACAUAUAAAAACACACGUAUUCUUCAUUCAAGGGCCACUAUAUAAUGAGCUAUAUUGUUUUUGGUCUUGCAUCACGAUACAAACGAUACACACCUCUCUUACAAUACAGCAUGUAAAGAAAUGAUUUGGCGAUCAAUAUACCGCUAGUACUGACCAGAACCAAUUUCACUCAGUGUCCAGGACCCUGGUUCAAGGAGGCAGAGAUACAGUCUAAAGAUAUAACGCUGUUUGAUGUUGGGCCAGGGUAGUGUGCGGCACUGUAACACCACACAGUGUCUGUAUAUUCUGUAAAUAUUGUCCUGUUCUUAUGGAGUGAUUGGCAGGGAAGAUGGGGAGACACAGAUGACAGUGCAAUAAUAAAGUAGAACUCAUCAUUUAUUCUAGUCUCCAGUGGUGUGUUUUUGUCUUUAUGAUGAUGCAUUAGACUGGCUGGAAUCACAAAACGAUAUGUAUCCUCUCAGAUUGAA